AGUCACCCCCUGGUGGACACUAGAGAGGAUGCAGCUUUAACACAUGAAGCACUGACUUCACUUUAAAGAAACAGGUUGUCUCCUGAUUAAAUCACAACAAAUGUUUGUCCCCAAAAGUGUCCCGUUUAGUCCCGCCCUACUGUGCUGUGAUUGGCUGUUACUGGCUACUAUCACUGUCCUAUAAUCCAGCAAUCACAACACUGUGAGAAGAGUCUAUGGUGUGGAUGAAGUUGUUACAUUUCACCUAUUUUGUGGUUGGCUAGCUAGCGAGCUAAUUCCACCAUGCUUUAAUGCUACACUGGUUCAGAAGAUGAACGCUCAUGGGAGAAGUUGAGCUCUGCCAGAAAGCCCCUUCAGGAUGGAAGAGCUUUAGGUUUAGGGAUCUUUCCUCUGCUGAAUUCAGAUCAAACUUUACAUUUAUUUGUCCCGCUAGUAAUCAACUAAUAGGAAAGUUUUCCCUCCAUUUUUUGUUUCUUGCUCUACGUCCAUUAUUACAGUAAUAAAUGCACAUUCCCACUGAGCCGUAGUUUAGCUGAACAUCAUGUUUUAAAGUGCAGAGAAGCUAAUAGAGACGGUUAAUAAACUUUCUGUGUCGUGUGUUUGCGUUCAUCUCCGUCUCUGUUUCAGGUGUUUGUGUGUAACAGUGCCAAAUACAGCGACCUGGGCCAACCCUUCGGCUACCUGAAGGCCAGCACGGCUCUGAACUGUGUCAACCUGUUUGUGAUGCCGUACAAUUACCCCGUCCUGCUGCCUCUGCUGGACGACUUGAUCAAAGUGCACAAGUUCAAGCCGACCAUCAAAUGGCGUCAGUCCUUUGAGAACUACCUGAAGACGAUGCCUCCGUAUUACAUCGGGUCGCUGAGGAAGGCGCUGAGGAUCAUGGGAGCACCAAACCUGCUAGCCGACAACAUGGAGUACGGCCUGAGCUAUAGCGUGGUGUCCUACCUGAAGAAGCUCAGCCAGCAGGUGAGCAGCUACCUGCUGGGCUCUAAUCACAGGAAAGACUCAUGCACUGGAAAACAAACAAAAUAUUUAAGAUAAACUGUGACUACAAGGUGUUUUUACUUGUGAUAAGUUACGAAAUCUGCCAAUGGAAGAAGUACAAAUAUGCUUUCUUGAAAUAAAAUGUAAUAUUUAUGCUUUCUGCAUAUAAUUAGUAGUAAUUACUAGUUUUAUGAAGUGUUGUGUCAUAAUGAGCCAAUUCAGAAUGUUUAGUAACUAAAAACAAGUCUCUAUAUCUCACAGACAUGUUCGUCGUGAGGUGGUUCUGUCUCAUAAUAAGUUAUGAGAUGUUUUAGUCUGUGAGCGUCGUUAUUGUUCAAGUAUUAACUAU